CCUUUUCACCAUUUCCUCUCGGAGGCUCUUUCUCCGGGCAGGGGCAGAGCCAGUUUCCCCUCCCGCCUCUCCCCGGCCCCCGCCGCCCUAUGGCGAGAGGGAGCCCCCUUCCCACCCGGGCACAAGCGGCGGCGCUUGGAGGAGUGGGACCGGCGGUGGCGGCCUCAGGUCUAGGAUCAUCAUGGAACUAAUUCGCUGAUCGACCCACCGGCCCCAGCCGUUCGUUCUGCUUGAGCCCCAGGGCCCGCGUCCCCCCUCCCGGUUCCCCCUCUUCUUCCUCCUCAGUUGGCCGGGUCCUCGUCCCGCGCGCCCCGCCGCCGCGCGCUGAGGAAAAUGAAGUGGUAACGGGCCCGCGGAUGACCUCGCGUCACCACUGUGAGGCCUACAGCUCUGCCGGGGAGGAGGAGGAGGAAGAGGAGGAGAAGAUAGCUGUAUUAAGCUGGGUGGCAGGCAGUUUCAAAGGAUAUCAUGAAGUUUCCAGGAUCUUUGGAAAACCAGAGAUUGUCUUUCCUGUUGGAAAAGGCAAUCUCUAGGGAAGCCCAGAUGUGGAAGGUGAAUGUGCCCAAAACGCCUACAAAUCAGAAUGUUUCCCCAUCCCAGAGAGAUGAAGUGAUUCAGUGGUUGGCCAAACUCAAGUACCAAUUCAACCUUUACCCAGAAACGUUUGCCCUGGCUAGCAGUCUUUUGGACAGGUUUUUAGCUACUGUAAAGGCUCACCCAAAAUACUUGAGUUGUAUUGCAAUCAGCUGUUUUUUCCUAGCUGCCAAGACUGUUGAGGAGGAUGAGAGAAUUCCAGUACUGAAGGUAUUGGCAAGAGACAGUUUCUGUGGAUGUUCUUCCUCUGAAAUUCUGAGAAUGGAGAGAAUUAUUCUGGAUAAGCUGAAUUGGGAUCUUCACACAGCUACACCAUUGGAUUUUCUUCACAUUUUCCAUGCCAUUGCAGUGUCAACUAGGCCUCAGUUACUCUUCAGUUUGCCCAAACUGAGCCCAUCCCAACAUUUGGCGGCCCUUACCAAGCAACUACUUAAGUGUAUGGCCUGCAAUCAACUUUUGCAGUUCAAAGGAUCUAUGCUUGCUCUGGCCAUGGUUAGUUUGGAAAUGGAGAAACUUAUUCCUGAUUGGCUCUCUCUUACAAUUGAAUUGCUUCAGAAAGCACAGAUGGAUAGCUCCCAGUUGAUCCACUGUCGGGAGUUUGUGGCACAUCACCUUUCUACUCUGCAGUCUUCUCUGCCUCUAAAUUCCGUUUAUGUCUACCAUCCCCUCAAGCACACCCUGGUGACCUGUGACAAAGGAGUGUUCAGAUUACAUCCCUCCUCUGUCCCAGGCCCAGACUUCUCCAAGGACAACAGCAAACCAGAAGUGCCAGUCAGAAGUACAGCAGCCUUCUGCCAUCAUCUCCCAGCUGCCAGUGGGUGCAAACAUACCUCUGCUAAACGCAAAGUAGAGGAAAUGGAAGUGGAUGAUUUCUAUGAUGGAAUCAAGCGGCUCUAUAAUGAAGAUAGUGCUUCAGAAAACGUGGGUUCUGUGUGUGGCACUGAUUUAUCAAGGCAAGAGGGACAUGGUUCCCCUUGCCCACCUCUGCAACCUGUUUCUGUCAUGUAGUUUCAACAAGUGUUACCUUCAAGUGCAAACUAAGGUAGUCUACUCUGGGAAUGGGACCAUGUAAAACCAGUAAAGAGGCUAUAAAAGGAUAUAAACCUUAACAGGCUAAAUUGAAGUGAGCCAGAAAAAAAAACUUGUUUACUUGUGCGGCUAAUUAUAAUUCAACAUUAUUUAAGCACUUAAAAGACCAAAAAAAGUAUAAAAUUUUCAAAAGACCCAAAAACUAAAAAAAAAAAAAAGAAAAAAAGGCAAAAAAUUUAUUUGUAGUGUUUGUCAGUUACAGUUUUCUCCACUAAAAUGUUACUUACCCCCAUAAAUUCACAUUUAAUGUUAAGAAAAGUUCCAAAAUUUAUAGCUAGCAAACUUGUCCCCAGCAUCCUGAUUUAAUUUUCCUCUCGCUUUUGCUUGUUCCUUCAUUGAAUACUUAAUGAAUUUUAUGCAUGUUGAUCUAUACCCUGAACUCCACUGAAUAGGAGACCCCCAAAAUGAUUUUUUAGCAAUUUAGUGAACAGAUUAUUUCAGCGUGACAGCUAUGUUUAAUCCAUUAUUCAAAUUCAAAUUGGUCUGAAAAGGGUACUUUGAAAUUGCCCCAUAUGAAUCAGAGGUGGUAAAAUAGAAAAAGGACCCAUGUUACAUUGAUUUUUCAUGUUUGUCUCAUAUUGAUCUCUAGAGUUUAGAGACAAAAUUACUGUUGUCAUUUUUGUUUAUUUUAAGGUGAAACUUAGUGGCAUGUAAUUAGGAAUCUCUUAGAUUUGUUGAAAGCAUUUUUGACAUUUGUAUAAAAGAAUUUGUGAUAAAGUUAAUAUAUAUCCAGGUGCUCACCAAAGAAACAUGUAACAACUAAAAUUAAAUUUUGUAACAUAAGAAUUUUCACUCAUUUAUAAUCAGUAGGAGACUGUCUAGAUGUUGGGGCAGUACUAUGAUUUGAGUCUGUAACAUGUAAUAACUGAAUUCAGUACCCAAGUUUUAUGUUAAGCUAAGCUAUUAGGAUAUUCUUGAUAAAAGCCUCUCGCCCCCCACCCCCACCCCCAAAUUUCUCUUGAUGACUUCUGAAUCCUGAGCUCCCUGUGCAAUCCAAAGGUAUUGCAGUCAGAACCAUGUACUGAUGAUAAAAGCCUCUGGUAAGCAAUAAAAAGUUGUCCUUAA